AACCACCCAGCUCACACUAGGGGCAGUGGGGACGCCGGUUGAGUCUUCACCAGCGAGACCCUCGCCAACAGAUCCGUCUCCCACUGUAGUGCAACUCUCCCGCAAACGUCAAAGAAUUGAUUUCACCCGCGAACUCCGACACCGCUUCCGACUGCGACUGAGAUCCCAUCUUUACCAAAACUUGCUUAGACCGUGACUGGGUGUGCGGCAUCACGAAGAGCAGCGACCCCCUGCAAGCCGCCCACAUCUGUGCUGUAUCUCUACACUAACACAGGCGUGACUAUACCGACAAGUACAUCCAUUUCAAAAGUUCCCUGGCCGUGUUCUGGUCGGAUGCGCAAGUUCAGAAGUGGUUAGACAGAAUGAAAACUCUCGCAAAAUCAACUGCCAACGCCCUCGCGCUACAAUCUUCGGCUCACGAUUAUUGGGAUCGGGCGUUGUUUGCAUUACAACCAAUAUCGGUCAACGAUCAAAAAACUGAAAUGAAGCUUCGAUUUUAUUGGCUUAAACCUGGGUUCUUGCUUCCCCAAGGCUCAACCUUGCUUCUGCCGGAGGAUAUCACGCUGAUGAUCAUGGGCUGGCACGAGCAUGGCAUCGGUAGUUUCUUGGUAGACGGUUUCUUCCAUCAACACUGGCUGUAUUGCAUUUUUCUAAUCUCUUCAAGAGAUCUAUACCCUUCUAUAUAUCUCUGAAUCUUGUUACGAUGAUAUUUCACGAGGUCCGGUAAAAUGCUUCCGCCCAUGUAUAAUCCAGUGACCUACCGAGAUAAUAACAAUAAUGGCGAAGGCAACAAUACAAUAAUCUACCUCAUGCUACUCCCAGUAACCGGCCGUCCAGGCGGAAACAAAAACAGCACCG